GUAAACGUGUAGGAAAGAGUGGCUGGCAGCCAGAGCCGGCCAUUGAGCUACUUUUUCCACACUACUGGGAAGGGAAACCAGUAGCUUUACGGCACCUUCACUCCACAGCAUUUUGAUUUGGCUGCUCUAUCUCUCUCUCCUUCCUGGGGCACACCACACCACGGCCAAUGGAGAUCCCCACUGGCAGCCGAACCACUAGUAGUAGUGACCUCCAGAAGAAACGGGUAGGACUACUCUACGACGAUCGAAUGUGUGCGCAUCAUACACCCGACGACGAUUACCAUCCCGAAAACCCUAAUCGGAUUCGUGCUAUUUGGAACAAACUCCAAUCCUCUCGCAUUCCCCAGAGAUGCGUGGUUUUGGAUGCCAAAGAGGCAGAAGACAAAUACGUUUUGUCUGUUCACUCCAAGAAACACGUAGACUUGGUCAGAGAUAUUAGCUCCAAACAGUUCAAUUCCCGAAGAAAUAGGAUUGCUUCCAAAUUUAAUUCCAUUUAUUUCAACGAGGGCUCCUCCGAAUCUGCUUUUCUUGCUGCCGGCUCUGUUAUUGAGGUUGCGGAGAAAGUUGCCCAAGGAGAAUUGAGUUCUGCUUUUGCGAUUGUUAGGCCCCCGGGACAUCAUGCCGAACACGAUGAAGCCAUGGGAUUUUGUCUCUUCAACAAUGUGGCUGUCGCUGCAAGUUUUCUUUUGAACUAUAGACCAGAGCUGGGUAUUAACAAAAUUCUGAUUGUUGACUGGGAUGUACAUCAUGGUAAUGGCACUCAAAAGAUGUUCUGGAAGGAUCCUCGUGUUUUAUUCUUCUCUGUACACAGGCAUGAAUUUGGGAGUUUUUAUCCAGCUAAUGAUGAUGGUUUCUAUACAAUGAUUGGAGAAGGUCCAGGUGCAGGAUAUAACAUUAAUGUCCCUUGGGAGAAUGGUCGAUGUGGAGAUGCCGAUUAUCUUGCAGUUUGGGACCAUAUAUUAAUUCCUGUUUCCAAAGAAUUUAAUCCCGACAUAAUUAUAAUCUCUGCAGGAUUUGAUGCAGCUCUUGGUGAUCCUCUAGGGGGUUGUCGUGUCACACCCUACGGUUACUCGGCUAUGUUGAAAAAGCUGAUGAGUUUUGCCCAAGGUAAGAUUGUAUUGGCAUUAGAAGGAGGAUACAAUCUUGACUCUAUAGCAAAUUCAGCACUUGCAUGUGUGGAAGUUUUGCUAGAAGACAAACCUAUUGCUGGAUCAUCAGAGGCCUACCCGUUUGAGUCCACGUGGCGUGUAAUACAAGCGGUGCGCCAUGAGUUAAGUGACUUCUGGCCAACACUUGCAGAUAAAUUACCAGCCAAUCUAAUUAGUCAAACCGCAGCUUCUGUUCCUAACAUUCUGUUCUCGAGCUCUGAUUCGGAAGUGGAGGAUGACAAUGGCACUCAAAGAUUGAAAGAUCUUGAGGAGGUUAUUCAGCCCCUGUCGAAGCUGAAAGUUGAUGAAGAUGGUCAGGAUAAAGUUGCCACUCCUAACCCCUGGCGAUCGGAGCUUUCAAAGAUUGACAUCUGGUACGCUACUUUUGGAUCAAAUAUGUGGAAACCAAGAUUCUUGUGCUAUAUUGAAGGUGGACAGGUGGAAGGGAUGCAAAAGCCAUGUUCUGGUUCAAUGGAUAGAACUCCACCAAAGGAGAUUGUAUGGAAGUCUUACCCUUAUCGUUUGUUCUUUGGCCGUGACUCUUCAAGCUCAUGGGGUCCUGGAGGGGUUGCUUUCCUAGAUCCUGAAAGCAAAAGCCAGGAUAAAGCUUACUUGUGCCUCUAUAGAAUCACGCUGGAGCAGUUCAAUGACGUUUUGGCUCAGGAGAACGUUUCAAGUCAUGACAUGACUUCUCCUUUGUUUGAUUUGGCUGCUUUAACAUCUAUCACAAGCAAAGAGCCCAAAUUCCUAGACGCUCUCCCGAGGGGUUGGUAUCGAAAUGUCGUUUACUUGGGAAAUGAGGACAACUUUCCAAUACUGACUAUGACAUGCUCGCAUUUGGAUGUGAUGAGCUUCAAAUCGAGGGAGCUUCCCUUGCGGGGACCGUGCAAAGCAUAUGCAGCCACCUUGAUAAAGGGCCUGGUGGGAGGAGGGCUGCUUUCAGAAGAGGAAGCCAUGGCGUACAUACAAGAAGCUUCUACUAAACCAUUGUGAUUGCAGCGUCUCUCUGUAUCUCUUUCUCGUUGUAGACAGACAAAGUCAACCGAAUGGGAGCAUUAAGGGCAAGUAAUGUACAUGUAUAUAUUUGAAUGCAAUCUUGUUAAGAAAUAUUCGAUUGCAGGCUUC